UGGAUCUGGAUCUACAACGGACGUUGAAGUUAAGAGAACCUAUUUCAACUAUGCUGUGCAAGGCAAGUGGGAUGAAGUGAUGAAAUUCUACGAGCGAAACCACUGGCUCCACCCUGAAAAGAUCACCCGGGGUGGUGACACAGCACUGCAUAUGGCUGUCGGGGAUCACCAAGAACGGUUGUUCAAAAAUGGUUAAGCUUGUUAGUACUCCUGAACAAUAUGAGGGUGUUCUAAUAUCACAAAACGUACAAGGGAAUACCCCUCUCCAUUUAGCAGCAUCGAUAGGUAAUGUUUCAAUGUGCGAAUGCUUCACUAAGGAGCACAAUGAUCUGGUAGGUAUUUGUAAUGAAGAUGGGGAAAACCCCCUCUUCUUGGCAGCUCGCUAUGGUAAGAUAAAGGCUUUCAAUUGCCUCCUACCUAAAGCUUUGGAAUUAAGUGUUGCCUCCAAAACCGACCAUAUCCACUGUAGGAACAAAAAAGGUGAAACAAUUCUUCAUUGUGCCAUCGCUGGAGGACACUUCGAACUAGCAUUUCUAAUAAUUGAAAGAUAUAAAGAUCUCGGCAGAACAUAUGAUGCGGAAGGAGUCAGCCCUCGCCAUCUCCUGGCUAAUCAGCCUACUGCAUUCAGAAGUGGAACUCGCCUCAGCCUGAUUGACAAAAUCAUUUAUCAUGGUAUAUUUGUCCGUCAACCGCAUUUUGGAGAUGCCAAGAAAUCGGACUAUCCAGCAAAGAGGCAAACACUAGUGAAAUUGCUGCCUGUGCUUUGUAACAACAUCAAAGGACUGUUUUUCCUUAUAGUCACAUUUAUCAAAAUAUGCAUUAAUCGUUCAGGUGGAGAAAAAGCAGAAAACGCUAGGACGGCCUUGGAUGAGGAGACGCCUGCACAGGCGAUCUCUGAACAAGGGCCGGCUUCCACCCCUGGUCAAGGUCCUCUUGAGCGCAAUAAUGAGUAUGAAAAAAAGGUAGGGUUUAGUCAACGUCCAGACGAUCGACGUAAUUUUCCAGUGAACUAUGAUACUUGCUUCAACUUCAUCAUGCUUCUAAACAAAGCAAUUCUGUGUAUCCUAUUCUUGGGACUAGGGCGAAGUUAUAUAAACAAGAUGCGGCAGAAGAAAGAGAAGAACGUUUGGUCUGCUAAGGUCUUGGAAAAACUACUUGACAGAGGUAAAGGCGAUUGGUAUGAUUGCGAUGGAAAAGAACCCUCAGAGAACGAGGUUCCCGAUCGAGGGGGGCUUUUGCUACAAAAGGCCCCGGUCCAUGAGGAAAGCUCGGAAGAAGAGUAUGUCCCAAGAAGAAUUGAGACACCAAUACACCAAGAAGAGUAUGUCCCAAAAAGAAUUAAGAAACCAAUACAAGCUGACUAUGGCCCAAGAAUUGACAAUGUCCAAGGAAGAAUUGAGACACCAAUACUAGUUGCGGCAAAGAAUGGUGUAACUGAAAUAGUUGAGAAAAUAGCUGAACUUUAUUCUGAGUCAAUUCUGGAUGUGGACGUCAUGGGCAAGAAUGCAGUGAUGUUGGCAGCAGAGUACAGGCAAACCCAACUAUAUGAGAAAUUAGUCAGUCGGAAACUUCUGGAUGAAAGGGCAUUUCGUGAGGUUGAUCAUAAGGGAAACAGUGCAUUACAUCUAGCUGCAACUUUAAGUGAUUAUCAGCCCUAUCGAUUUGCAGCUCUGCAAAUGCAAUGGGAAAUCAAGUGGUACAAGUAUGUGAAAAAUUCCGUGCCACAACAUUUGUUCUCUCGUCGCAACAAGGCAAACAAGACCCCAAAGGAUGUGUUCAGGGAGUCACACAAAGACCUCGUAGAAAAAGGAGGCCAAUGGCUAAGUAGCAUCUCUAAUUCAUGCUCAGUAGUGGCCACACUUAUCACUACGGUUGCCUUUGCCUCAACAGCCAGUGUACCCGGAGGGGUGAAGGAAAACAGCGCGCAGCAGGCCCAAUCUUGAAGAACAUCCGGGAUUUCUUGUCUUUGCAGUUUCAUCUCUGAUUGGUCUCUGCUUUUCUGUGACCUCUGUGAUCGCAUUCCUGGUCAUUCUCACUUCUAGAUACCACCAAAAGGAUUUUCGAAGAGACUUACCAACAAAGCUGUUGCUAGGUUUGACAUCUCUUUUUAUAUCCUUAGGAGCCAUGUUGGUUUGUUUUUGUGCAGGCCACUACUUUCUCCUCAAAGAUAAGUUGAAACUCGGUGCAUUUCCACUAUAUGCUCUAGCAUGCGUGCCUGUAAUUUUUUUUGCUGUCAUGCAAUUCCCGUUCUAUUUUGAUCUUAUAUGGGGAACGUUUAAGAAGGUGCCACCCCGUACGCCCUCUGGUUAGAGGCUUGUCUUUAUUAUGAUUAUUAAUUUCCUUUUCUUUCUUUCUUUCUUUCUUCUUGGUUUUAUUUUUCCAGUUUUUCUUGGUUUUGUUUUUUUGGUUAUUUUGUUGUGUAUUGAAAUUGCAAAAAAUGAAGAUAUAUAAGCUAU